AUCUACUAUCCUCAAAGCCCUUUCAAAUGGCACUUCUAUUUCCUUCUCCCUCUUGUUUUACUAAUGCCAAUUUCGCUAAACUAUCAUACAGUACGCACUCAAAGUCAACAUACAAUUACUGUUUUGCUAACCCAAUUAGAUGCAUGGGUGGUCCAAAAAUGUCAAAUGAAACUGUAAUCAGACGAUCUGCUAAUUAUCACCCUCCAAUUUGGGAUUAUAAUUUUGUGCAAUCACUCAGGCAUGAAUUUGUGGGAGAAUCAUAUACAAAACGAAUUAACCAUUUGAAGAAAAGUGUAAAGACGAUGCUUAACGAAGCUGUGAUUCCUCUGGAUCAGCUCGAGCUGAUUGAUACGUUGCAAAGACUUGGAUUAGCUUAUCACUUCCAAGAUGAAAUCAACAAGAUACUGAACAACAUUUACAUUCAGAAUCGCUUUGAGAAGACCUGGACGAAGGAGGAUUUGCAUGCCACAGCUCUUCAGUUUAGACUCUUAAGACAACAUGGGUAUAACAUAUCUCAAGAGAUUUUCAAUAUUUUCCUUGAUGACCUGGGAAACUUUAAGGCAUGCAUAGGUGAGGAUCUUAAAGGACUACUGUCUUUGUACGAGGCAUCGUACCUUUCGGAAGAAGGUGAGAAUAUUUUAGAAGUUGCUAGAAAAUUUGCCACAAUAUGUCUCCAGAAAUAUACUACCCUACAAGACAAAGACCAAUUUCUGUCCAUGAUAAUAAGUCAUUCUUUGGAGCUCCCACUCCAUUGGAGGGUGCCAAGGUUGGAGACAAGGUGGUUUAUAGAAGUAUAUGAGAGAAAAGAAGGCACGAAUCCUCUUCUGCUUGAGCUUUCUAAGUUAGACUUCAACAAUGUGCAAGCGAUCCAUCAAGAGGACCUAAAAUAUGUGUCAUGGUGGUGGAGGAAUACAGGUCUUGGUGAAAAGUUAGGCUUUGCAAGAGACAGAUUAAUGGAAAACUUCUUAUGGACAGUAGGGGAGAAUUCUGAGCCACAAUUUGGAUAUUUUAGAAGAAUGUCCACCAAAAUAUUUUCACUAAUGACAGUAAUGGAUGAUAUUUAUGACGUGUAUGGCACCUUGGAUGAACUCCAGUUGUUCACCGAUGCUGUUGAAAGGUGGGAUGUUAAUGCAAUGGACCAACUUCCUGAGUAUAUGAAGUUAUGUUUCCUAGCCCUCCAUAACUCGAUCAAUGAAAUAGGUUAUGAUGUCCUUAGAAAACAAGGACUUUAUGUCAUUCCCUACUUGAAGAAAGCUUGGGCAGAUUUAUGUAAAUCUUAUUUAGUGGAGGCCAAGUGGUAUUAUAGUGGCUAUACACCAACCAUGCAAGAAUACAUGGACAAUGCAUGGAUUUCUAUUUCAGCUCCUGUUAUCCUAGUUCAUGCUUAUUUCCUUGAAGGGUCUCCAGCGUCAAAUGAAGCUUUGAAAUCUUUAAAGGAGUAUCCGGAUAUAAUCCGAUGGUCAUCUAUGAUUCUUAGAUUUGCAAAUGAUCUAGGAACAUCAUCAGAUGAAUUAAAAAGAGGUGACAAUCCGAAAUCAAUACAAUGUUACAUGUAUGAAACUGGAGCUUCAGAAGCAAAAGCCCGCGAGCACAUUCAAUACUUAAUUGGUGAAGCAUGGAAGAAAAUAAAUAAAGAACGAGGACUUGCAGAUUUUCCAUUCUCAAAAACAUUUAUUGAAGUAGCAGCUAACCUAGCUAGAAUGGCACAAUGCGUGUACCAAUAUGGUGAUGGAUAUGGGAUAGAGAACGGUGAAACUAAGGAUCGGGUUCUAUCAUUACUUGUUAAACCUAUUCCUAUAUAUUUAUUUUUGCCCUUUCCAUGAUCCAUCUAAUCAUAUGCCCACAUGCCUAAGUACAUGUGGAGCCAUCUUAUAAUGAAAAUUGUUACAAGCUUGUUGGGUUGGUUGAGAAAAAUAAAGGAUGUGCAAAUAUAUAUAUAAAGGAAGAGUUAAUUCUUCCUUGUAAUUUUAUCA